UCGGUAAAAUUUUCUUGCUUGUGCUGGAACGAAAUGUCAAAAGAUCAUAAUUUAUAAAUAGUUGCUUUCUCUGGCUCUCUGCCUGUAUUACUUUUAAAUUUCAAGCCUCCACUGGAGGAGCUUCAGUUUUUCCAGGAUGGGAACAGAAAACACUAGUUUCAGUAUCCUAAUGUUCCCAUGGUUGGCUCAUGGUCAUAUAUUUCCCUAUCUUGAGCUAGCCAAAGCAAUCUUGAAAAGAAAAAACUUGCGGAUAUACUUCUGUUCAACACCUAUCAACUUUGGUUCAAUCAAGAACUUCAUUGACAAGAACUUGUUGAAUAACUCUAUAGAACUAGUACAACUCCAUUUAGAGCCAUUUCCUGAACUUCCUCCUCACUACCACACAACCAAGAAUUUGCCACCAGAUCUGAACUUCGCCCUGCUUAAAGCCUUUCAAACAUCAAAUUCCAGCUUCUCAGAAAUCAUCAGCACCCUGAGACCUGACUUGGUGAUAUAUGAUGUUUUUCAACCUUGGGCUGCCAAAGUUGCUUCCUCACAAGGUUUUCCUGCUGUUUAUUUUUCUAUCUAUGGAGCAUUCCUUUUUUCCUUUUUACAUCAUCAGUACACGUUUGGAAAAGCCGGGUUUCCAUUCCCAGCAAUCCAUUUUGAAGACUAUGAGCUGAAAAGUUUGGAAGAACUGUUUGAGUUUCUGUAUGCCAAUAUCUUUGAUGUGGAUCAAGAUUUCCUUUUUGGGAAUUUCAAGCAAUCUUGUGAUAUUAUUCUAUCAAAGACAAGUAGGGGGUUUGAGGGGGAGCACAUAGAUUAUCUUUCUGCUUUGUGCAAUAAGAAAAUAGUGCCUGUUGGUCCACUUAUCAGCGAUGACAACCAAAACAACGAGGAGCAUUCGGAUAUCAUUCAAUGGCUAAGUAAGAACAAGAACCCGCAUUCCACUGUAUUAAUUUCCUUUGGCAGUGAGUACUUCUUGUCCAAGAUUGAGAUUGAAGAAAUAGUAAAAGGGCUGGAGCUUUGUGAUGUUAACUUUAUAUGGAUCAUCAGAUUUCCUGUUGGAGUGACCAUUACCUUAGAAGAGGCACUGCCGAAGGGGUUCACUGACAGGGCUGGAGAAAGAGGGAUAGUCAUUACUGGAUGGGCACCUCAGGCUGAUAUUUUAGCACAUCCAAAUACAGGAGGUUUUAUGAGUCAUUGUGGUUGGAGUUCUAUCAUGGAAAGCAUGUAUUAUGGUGUUCCUGUCAUAGCAAUGCCGAUGAAGCUUGAUCAGCCGAUAAAUGCUAGGAUGUUAUCAGCAGCCGGUGGUUGUGUGGAAGUUCCAGGAAAUGAAAAUGAGGUAUUUAAGGGAGAGGAAAUAGCCAAAGCAAUUAAGAAGGUGUUCAUGGAGGAGAGUGGAGAUGGCCUGAGGCGUAGAGCACGAGAGCUGGGCGAGACGAUGAAGACGGAAAAAGAACAAGUGUUGGAUGAAGUAGCUGACCAACUGUGGCAGCUGUGUCUUAAGAAUAAGGUGCAAGGAUCAUGAAGUUAAGAAUUUAGUUCUGGUUUAGGUGUAAUAAAGUCUAAGCUUGCAGGGCCUUCCUCAAUCAUUUGAUGCAUGUAUUUGAGGUUCUUCCAUUUUAGUAAGAUGAGAAAGUUGGUUGCCUAUCAUGCCUAGCACAAAGGAAGACGGUAAGAGAAAGAAACGAAGAUUUCUCACAAGAAAAUGAUUGGGCUUAAUGCAAUUUACCUCCCUACGCUUUUUAAAGUAUAGCAAUUUACC